GGUUCUGCCUCAAGUCCUGGCACCAGUCGAGGUAGUAGAAGGCGAGGACCACAGCAUCAUACUAAAACCCGGCCGCCGACGAGAACUUCUUCUAGUACGAAGCCGCCAAGUUGGUCCGGAAACGACUCAGAUUCGACGCUCCCGCAGACGCCCGAGCGCGUUUGGGGAAGGAGGAAGCAGGACGAUAGUGGUGGCCUUGGCUCUUCCACACACGGAUCCGCGACGAGCCCCGAAGAGGACGACGCGAAUCCCUACAACCAAAGUCCGUCCUCGCCGGCAGCCUCGUCGCCCAAAAGCGGGGCCGGGGGUCUAGCGGGCCGGUUUUCGCAAAUGAAGCUUGUGUGGCAACUGCCAUUCCCAUUUCUGGGAGCAAAUCGGGUUCCUCCUCCAGUUGCUGGCGUUUAUACUGGAGGACGAGAAGACAGCAGUUGUCAAGAAGUCACAGCCAUGCCGAUUGACGUUGACGAGGAGGAGACGAUCGCCAAGAAAAUUGAUGCCCAGCUUUUGCCGCCCGGUAGCUUCUUCCCAUGCCCACCUCCAAAUUUGGGAGCAACAGCAAGCGAAAUCAAGAACAUCAGCGACCACCUUGCAGCGCCGCCCCGCGGGGGCCCCUCCUCGUCGGUUGUUCCACGUGCUUUAUUUUCCGAGGAAGAUGAUGAUGAAAUGGAAAUCAGAAAGCCGAAGAGCUUUCAGCGAAAUACGGCGGAAAAGCAGAGGCGCUCAAUGUCGCGUUCGCUUCCGGUUGUAGGAGAUCUCGCAGCAGGAGGUAUUGCAAGUACCGAAAGAACUGCUGAUGAGGCAACGAAGGCUCUGCGUCGAGAAGAAGUAGAGGCUGCCUGCCCUGAGGAAGUAAGAGGCGUUUUCUGCGUUGCCUCUCCAUCUCCUCCUUGGCUGAAUGUAGAAUGCGCAACUGGCGACCUCUCACGACAGAAGGCCUGUCGGAUGUGUAGGCCAGAACUGUCUGUGCCUCGUCCAGAGGAAAUAAAUCCGGGACCGCUCGCUGGUAGCAGCACCGACUUUCGACCAGUAGAACCCGAGGACGUUGUUUUGGAGCCAGAGGACUCUGCCAUGGAUAGUAGUUACAAUUCGACGCUAGCGGAC